AAUGGACCAAGGCCUUCUUAAACAGGCCGCGACAGCUCAUUUUCCGUAAAAUUAGCGAAGGCCGACUUUUUUACGGAGAAGUAUAGUUUCAAUGAGGAUUUUGGUUGUUUGAUUUAAACUAUAAUAGUUAAACUCGUAAAAUGCCUAAUAAAUGCUGCGUUUAUGGUUGCUCCUCAAAUUACAAAUCAAAAGUAAAAGAUAAUGUUUAUGUCACAAUGUAUAGAUUCCCCUUUAAAUGCGAGGAUCGCGAGUUAUGGAUUAAAAAACUUCCAAAUGCAAACUUUGUGUUUACAUAUUAUAAGCGAAUUUGUGCUCAGCACUGGCCUAAAGAUGCAGAAUUAAAAAAAGUCAAAGGUGGUAGUUUUGUUCCAGUGCAUCCUCCAUCAGUCUUUAAAGGUAUACCAGUGUCUUGUAUUCCAAUAGUGUCUAGAAAACAAGAUGUCACUGGGUUAUUAUGCUCUGAAAGAAAUAUUUUACCUGAUGAGUUCGAAAACUUCAAAAAAAUGGACGUUAUUCAAUUUAAUUCAAUUGUAAAAAAUUUGAAGUCAAUAAUAAAUAACUGUGAAGAAAAAUUUUAUUUUGUUGAAAAAGAAAAAAAUAUAUCUUUAAUAUCAUAUGAACAUUGUGGACCAGUACCUAAGUUUUCAAUAUAUAUAACUUUAGAAGAUUCUGGAGAUAUUUAUUUUACUGGAUAUAGCCAACUUUUACAAAUUAAACUGUCUUUUUUAAACAAAGGAGUUAUUAAAUAUUAUUCUCAACUGGAGAAUGCUGUUAGUUAUGUUAUUAAUAAUGAAACAGAUUCUAAGCGAGCAAGUUAUAUUAGGCAUCAAGUAGCUUUAUUAAAUAAAACAAACAAUACACCAUUUUUUUUAGAGGACAUUUCUGAUGCAUUACAUCUUUAUUCAAAAUCUCGUUCAGUAUAUUUUGAUCUUGUUGAGAAGCUUGUUUUGCCAAGUGUACGAGAGUUACAACGAAUGACAAACAAAAUAAAUAAACUUGAAGAUACUGAAUAUUUAAAGAUGAUAUUUAAAGAACUUCAGGAAUUUCAAAAAUACUGCUUUAUCUUGGCUGAUGAGGUGUACAUAAAACCUGGGCUACAGUACUCUGGUGGUAUUGUGUAUGGUGAAGCAGAAAAUAUCCAAGAAAAAGCAAAAACAGUUUUAGCACUAAUGCUUCUUUGUCUUUUUGGUGGCCCACGACUUGUUAUAAAAGUUUUUCCAGUUUGUAAAGUUACAACAAAUUUUCAAACAAGCGUGAUAGAAGAAUUAAAUCAACAAAUCAUAAUUGCAGGUGGAAAGCCUCUUGGGUUAAUAAUGGAUAACUGUCGAGUAAACCAAAAAACAUUUCAAUAUUUUAAUGCAAAAAAAGUUCCAGCAUACUAUCUUUUAAAUGACACUGUGCAUAUUUUAAAAUGUAUUCGAAAUAAUUGGAUCACUGAAAAAUUACAAUGUUUAAAAUAUAGAUUGCUAAAUGAUAACGAUACUGUGCGACUUGCAGAAUGGAAAUUUAUAAUUCAACUUCAUGCUGCAGAUAGUGGAAUAGUUAAGUUGUCACCCUUAACACAAAAAGCUGUGUCACCAAAACCAAUUGAACGACAAAAUGUUGGAUUAGUUCUUAAAGUUUUUUGUGAUGAAACAGUUGCAGCAUUACGUGUAAAAUUUCCUGAAGCUGAAGAUACUGCACUUUUUAUUGAAACAGUUGUUAAGUGGUGGCUUAUUGUCAACAGUAAAGCAAAAGGUCUAGAUAUUAGAUUAAAUGAUAUUCGAAGAAAGCCUAUUACUUCAGUCAAUGAUUGGCAAAUAGAUUUCUUAGAGAACCAUAUUUCGUAUUUUGCUGAAAAUUUGAAAUGCGUAAAUUCAAAAUUAAGAGAGAAAAAGUUAACAAUGGAUACUGCAAUUGCUUUGCAAAAAACUUCUAAAAGAUUAGCAAGCUGUGCCAAGUAUUUGUUGAAUUGCGGUGUAUCUUAUGUAUUGUUAGGACAUAUGCAAUCAGAUGCACUAGAAAAACAGUUUGGGAAAUAUCGGCAAGGGUCAGGUGGCACAUAUCUGAUAACUGUGCAAAAUGUUAUUCAAAAAUUUAGAAUCGACAAAACUAGAAAGUUGCUAGACAAGCAUAAAGAUUUUACAAUAUUUCCUCCUGCUCACCACCACUGUGAUAAGUGUGAACUUGAUGUGGAGUUUAAUAUGUCAAUAUGUGAAAAUUGUGAGGAUCAGUUGCCAAAUGAAUGCAAACAAGGGCUUUUAUAUAUUGCAGGUUUUAUUGCUUACAAACUUCCAGAAUUACAUACAAUUUUAGAAGAAACAGACACCUUUGAUAUGUUUCAAAAAUAUGGAACUUUGAUCAGUUCUUUGAACAGGGGAAGACUAAGAGAACCUUCUGACAAUUUAGUCUACUUUGUUUUUUAUUGUUUUUUUAUAUUUGAAGUGACACUUGUGAAUAAAGUUUCACCAUUGCUGUGCAAGAAAAGAUUAAUUGACAUUUUUAUUAACUGCAAUAGUAAAUUUCAAUUGCUUGUUCAUAGUGUUCAAAAAGUUUGCUGCAUUUUGGCAAACAUUUUUUUAAACAAUUAUUGUAAAAAACACUCUGAAGAUUUUGGGAAGGAAUGUUUAAUAAAACAAGCAAAACUUUCAACUUCAAAAUAAAAUACUUUGAGUCAAA